AUGUCUUAUCGUGCAACUAAACAUGGAUUUGCUGCUGAAGCCCAGAAGAAAGUAACAGCAAAGCACAAUCCUGAACAAGAAAAGGAAGUUUUAGACUGGAUAGAAACGGUUAUUGGAGAGUCGCUCUCCGGAAGUUCCGCCAAAGAAAAAUUGAAAGAUGGCAUUGCCCUGUGCAAGCUAAUCAACAAACUGCAACCUGGCAGUGUUGCGAAAAUAAAUGAAUCUAAAAUGGCCUUUAAGCAGAUGGAAAAUAUAUCCAAAUUCUUGGCUGCAAUCGGUAAAUAUGGUGUUUCAGUUACGGAUACAUUUCAAACUGUUGACUUGUAUGAAGGUCAAAAUAUGGUCCAGGUUAUUUGCACUAUCGAGGCUCUAGGUCGACAGAAGAAUAACUUUACUGGACCUACUAUUGGCGUUAAAAUAGCCACUGAAAACAAGCGUGAAUUUACCGAAGAGCAGCUUGCAGCAGGUCAAACAGUUACCAGCCUCCAAAUGGGUAGUAACAAGGGAGCAACUGCAUCAGGAAUCAACUUUGGCAACACAAGACAUAUGUAA